AUGGCAACGUUGCCGCCUCAAUGGUUCGAUAUCCAGACGGAGAUCAGUGACUAUCUCACUCAAAUUAAGGAACGAUUAUCGCAGUUGCGAAGUGUGCAGCAGAAGAGGCUCCUCAAGGUUUUCGAUGAUCAUUCGGGCUCUGAGUCUUUACAAGAUGCAGAGGUAGUACUUCCACAGGAAGUGGUGGGAUGCGUUAUGCAUGGUUUGGACUCUGGGACUGCUGUCCUGUGUGACAUCCAGCUGGAGCUUUCGACUGAAAUGCUGGAUGCGAUAUCAACAGCAGUCAAUCAGCUCUUUCGAAAGUGCGAGAUUCGACUGAAGGAUCUCGUCCGGAACACCCCAGGUGAAGAUUCGAAGAUGGAGGAGUGCCGAAAAAACGCCGCUCGGGCAUUGGCAAAUCGGAUGCAGGGGCUGAGUGGCGAGUUCAAAUCCAUGCAAGGGAAAUUUUUGAAGGAAGUUCGACAGAGGCAAAAUGUGAAUCUUUGGGAAGACGAUGGAGAAAGCCGGGGGAAGGGGGUCCUCGAUGAUGCUGGCUUCGACGAUCAGCAAGUCCUUGAACUAGAGGCACUGGAAGUCAAUGCAACACAGCGGUCCAAGGAGAUUGGCAAGAUCGCUCAAUCGAUAAUAGAGUUGAACCAAAUAUUCAAGGAACUCGCGGUGCUGGUCAUUGACCAAGGCACGGUGCUCGACCGUAUCGACUAUAAUAUGGAACACGCGGUUGACCAAACGAGGGAGGCCAACGUCCAGUUGACUCAGGCUGAGAGAGCACAACGAUCGAGCCGUGUGAUGAAGUGCAUACUGAUCUUGGCCAUGUUCAUAUUCCUCAACAUCAUCAUUAUCGCUUACAGGAGUGCUUGA